CAUAGCAACCAGAGUAGAUAUCAACCAUCAACAUGGCCAAAGCAACGACUGUGAGGGAAGCACUGGCCAAAUGGGAGGAGAAGUCAGGGGAGAAAGUGAGUGAGGCCAAAGCCAUAAAACUGUAUGGUCAGGUCCCUCCGAUAGAGAAGAUGGAUGCCUCCCUCUCCACACUCACAAACUGCGAGCAGCUGUCUCUGUCAACAAACUGCAUCGACAAAAUAACCAAUCUCAAUGGCCUGAAGAACUUGAGGAUAUUGUCAUUAGGAAGAAAUAAUAUAAAGAUCCUCUCUGGGCUGGAGGCAGUAGGGGACACAUUAGAAGAGUUGUGGAUCUCCUAUAAUUUGAUAGAGAGACUGAAGGGAAUCAAAUACCUGAAGAACCUCAGAGUCCUCUACAUGUCCAACAACCUAGUCAAAGAAUGGGGAGAGUUUAUGAGGCUAGCUGACCUGCCAUGCCUCGCAGACCUGGUGUUUGUUGGAAAUCCUCUGGAGGAGAAGCAUUCAACUGAAGGAACCUGGAUGGAUGAAGCCUCUAAUAGACUACCUAAUCUGAAGAAACUAGAUGGAACUCCAGUCAUCAAACAAGAAGAGGAUGAAGGAGAUGGAGAGAACUGAGAAGCAUGACUAUGUGCAAAACUACAACCCCCUUUCCUGAGAGUCUUCUCUGUUUGAAGUUUUUGUACAUUUUGUCAAGGUCCCAUUUGUCAAGGUGCUUUUCUUUGUAAAAUUAUUUUGAACAGUAUAGACUUUAUUGAAGAUCAACAAGCACAAAAUAACCAACAAAUACACAGAAUGUGUAUUUUUUAGAGUUAAAAAAGGUAUGUUAAACUAACAGUCCUUCAGGCCUUGUGGAUUUGGGACCAGAAAGAGGAUUUGAUGAAACCUUUUAAGUGGAAGUACAUGAUAAUUUCACAUUCCACAUUUCCUAAUGCCAUUUUUUUAACUUUCAAACUAUGAUGGUAUCAAAGCUAAUACUAAUUAUUCUUGUUAACUGAAAAUGUGUUGUGAGAAUUAGCAGUACAGUGUCAUUUAUAGGCCAAAACCGCUGUCCUUGAUGCAUCUGCCUCUUUAUGUUCCUCGAGCAAGAACUAAAGCACAGUUUAGCACACACACUAGUGAGCAGAGACGUUUGUGUUGGACCAGAUGUUGAUUAGAUAACACUAUAAGAUCCAUGCUGCUGGACCUUCUCUCGCCUAAUAGGAGUUGGCUUUAAAUAUCUAACACAGUCCUCUCUCCAUAACAUCAUCAUGGAGAGAUGGCCAAAGCCAAAGAUUAGCGGGAUUAUGCUACAAUUUCAUCACAUUGUGUAAGUAGUGGAAUAACUGAUGGUUAAAAAGUGACUUGGAGUGUCAACCACAGAUCUAGAAAAUCUAGCAAAUACUUGCAUCCUGCCAUGGCGUACUGUUUUUCCCAGUUAUCAAAAUUCAGGAAUUUGCUGAAAUCGUGGUCUAUUACCAGCCCUCUGACUUCUCAGGUAAUAAGCAGUAGUAGCAUUAAAAUAGGAGGUUGAAUUAGUAUGUACUGACCCUCUCAUGAGACAUGAAGGUACCAUCUCCAGCUCUGUUGCAGCAGCCUUUGGGCUGGACUGUAAAGCCAACAUGAUAUCAACAGUGAAAACUUGCAUCCACUGCUCUGUUUGUUACUCUGUUAUCUGAGAUCUUCCUGACUAUAGAGAGGUCAUGUAGGAUUUCUCCACUUGAUCAUAUUCAGAUUUAACAUGAAUAUGCAUUGUAAUAAGGUCUAAUGUUUAUUUUUUUUGAAGGGCACAAACUAGUCUACUGUAUUUUAUUGUCACUUUAACUUAAUUUUGGAUCCAUAGUUUGCACAUUGUUCCUGUUCUUUAUGAUGU